UAUCAGUUCGACACACCAACCUGCAAGGGCACGUCAACGGUCACCACCGGCCUAUUUAUCAAUGGAAAGUUUGUUGAACCCGUCGAGAAAGGCACGAUCGAGGUCCUGAAUCCGGGUGGGUCAACUAACUACUGUCCUUCAUCAGUUCUAACAGCAGUCGCAGUCAAUGGAAAGGUGAUAAUCUCAGUCGCAGCUGUCACUGCUGUAUACAUCGAGAUCACCGCUCAAGCUGCAAAGAAGGCUUACAAAGAGCGCUGGGGCUUCAAGGUACCCGGUGCGCAAAGGAGCAGGAUGCUUAACAGACUUGCAGACCUCCUCGAAGCCAACGCUGACGAAUUCGCUGCCUUGGAGGCUUUAGACGUAGGCAAAGCCUUCAUCAUAGCCCAGAUGGCUGAUCUUCCUAGAUCUGUCGCUAUCUUGAGGUAUUACGCGGGAUGGGCGGACAAGGUUCAAGGGAAAACUAUCGAGACGAACGAAAAGAAGAUGGCUUAUACGCGUCAUGAGCCCAUUGGAGUUGUGGGAGCGAUCAUUCCCUGGAAUUUCCCUCUCUCGAUGCUGUCCUCAAAGAUCGGCCCAGUUCUAGCAGCGGGAAACACCGUCAUCCUUAAACCAUCUGAACUGACACCAUUGACUGCGCUUCUGGGCUUCCCUGAUGGCGUCAUCAAUAUUGUGAAUGGGUACGGUAGUACCGCGGGUCAAGCUCUCACUGAAAACAAUAUCGUCGACAAGAUAACCAUCACAGGCAGCACGCUUACUGGGUGCAAGAUCAUGGAGACCGCCGCCAAGUCCAACAUGAAGAAGGUCACUCUCGAGCUUGGCAGUAAGAGCCCCAGUGUCAUAUUCGAUGGUGCAGACCUGGAGCAGACUGAAGUGUGCACCGCAAGUUCCCGCACAUUCAUUCGAGCCGGGAUAUACGAUGAAUUUUCAGAGAAGUUCACUGCGCAUGCGUUGUCUUUGAAAGUCAGCGGCCCUUUUGCGAGAGUUUCGCAGACGCAAUUUGAGCGGAUCAUGGGAUACAUUAAAUCUGGUAAAGAGGACGGCGCAACCGUCCACGUUGAUGGAGAACGCUACGGACAUCAGGGCUACUUUAUUCAACCGACUAUGUUCACAAAAUGCAAACCGACUAUGAAGAUCGUGCAGGAAGAGAUAUUCGGUCCUGUAGCCGCGGUCAUCAAGUUCACAAGGGCCAUUGAACAGGCAAAUGAUACUCUUUAUGACCUUGCUUGCUCUGUCUUCACCAGGGACAUUGACAGAGCGAUUCGAGUCGCGCAUAGUAUCGAAGCUGGUACCGCAUGGGUGAGCAUGAGCAUGCUAACGUCAAGACUGCUGAUUGCGUGGUGCACGUAGAUUAAUUGUUACAACGUUCACGAAGUGAGCGUGCCAUUCGGUGGUUUCAAACAGUCAGGCUUUGGGCGUGAGUUUGGCGAAUAUGCCUUGGAACACUAUAUGAAUGUGAAGGCUGUCCACAUUAACAUCGGACACCGUCUCUGAAAA